AUGGACAGGCCCGGGGAACAGCGCAGAGGCGGAGGGCCCACCAGCUCUGAGCAGAUCAUGGAGACAGCGGCCCUUUUGCUUCCAGGGAUGACAGAAAUGGACAAAGUCUGCACAGCUUCCAUCUUUUUCCAUGUGGCAGGACAAAUGUUUUCAGACGGCAUCACCUGGGGCCGGGUUGCCGUCCUUUUCUGCUACAGCAGCAAACUGACACGAGCUCAGGGAUCCUGCCCUGGAGCCGCGCACCCACACAGUUUCAUCUGCGAUCAAAUAGGACCAGCCGCAAAGGAUAUAGAUGAGCUCGGCCCAGAGCUGGUGUCCCAGGACCCAUACAUCAAAGAACUGGGGAAAGUUCUCAAGCGCAAGGCACAAGAAAUGGACAAGGACAAGGAGCUGCAGAGGAUGAUAGAUACGGACAGAGUCUUCACUGCUGGGGAAGUUUUUGAAGUGGCACAAGAAAUAUUUUCAGACGGCUACACCUGGGGCAGGAUUGUUGCCUUUAUCUGGUUCAUCAGCAAACUGGUGCUCAAGGCCCUGUGCACGGACAUGCGGGAGCUGAUCACCAGCAUCAUGGGCUGGACGCUGGACUUCAUUCGACAGCGACUGCUGCCCUGGAUCCAGGAACAGGGUGGCUGGGACGGCCUCCUCUCACAACACAGUAAUCAAGUCAACUGGCUCACGGUGGUAGUGCCCUUCAUCACAGUGGCAGUGUCCUUCACCGCAGUGUUAGUGGCCAUCAUCGCAGUGGCAGUGGACUUCAUUCGAGAGCAACAGCUGCCCUGGAUCCAGGAUCGUGGUGGCUGGGAUGGCCUCCUCUGGAAACUUGGAUAUUCACUCAAGUGGAUGGCAGCAGGUGCAUUGGCCAUCGGGAUUGGACUGCUUGCCUUACUCGGACUCCGGGGAACUUAG